AUGUGGGGUGCCCGUGGGGACACCUGCAGCCAGAGGGAACCUCCAAGGGGUGAGUGCGCCCUCGUCCUAGCUGGCCGGCACCGCUCUCCGUGGACUGGGCCGAGUCAUCCUCUUCACAGACCCUCCGCUGCAGACAUCAGCUCGAGCCCAAGGCCGCAUCCAGGGAGCUGCAAGGCCACCUGCUGCGUGGGGGCCAUUGGAGCAGAGCCUGAGAGGCUGAACAAACAGGUGAGUCAGAAAUCACCCGAGCUGGCCCAGAAGCGCUCCCCUCUCAGUGAGCGAGUCAGGAUGGCCGAGGCCACAAGCAGAGGGCGGCUGGAGGACCGCGUUGGGCUGGAGAUGCUGCUUCCGGGAGUGGGAGAGCGCAUGCGCGCUGGGAGGGGCGGGAAGGGGCCUGGCUGCCGGACCGUCUGCGGCGUGGUCUCUGCCGGGAGCGAGGCCUGGCCGCCGGCCGCAGGAGGGGUUCUGAAACAUGGAUUUUCCUUUGAAAGGAAAGAUGCCUCGUUUUUUUUUCCCCUAAAAGCCGUCACAUGGCUCUCCAUGGCAUGGUUUGGCCCUGGCACCCACCACAAAGACAUCUGUGUGUCCUUUGGGGCUGUGUGCCAGGCACACAGACUGCCCAGACUUUCUGCCCAUCUUCCGUACGGAGGGCAAAGCCCCAGCUUCUGCCAGCCCAAGGCCACCGGAAGGCUGUCUGGGAACAGAGACAGCCUUGCUGCUGCCGCUGCAGCGGGCCCGGGCCUGGGUGUGACUUCAGGCCUCCACGGCCUCUGGCUGCCUGGCUCCCGGGGUCAGGAGGCGCUUCCUAAUCCCAUCGCUCAGGUGCAGGAGUGCACGGAGGCUCCGAGAGGGCGGGUGGUGCCCGAGGUCCCUCAGCCAGGAAGAAGUGGGACCCGAUUCAGACCAACUUCUUUCCAGCUGCUGGGGCACCGGCGUGUGUACCCGACCUGA